AAAGUGGUGUACAGCACUCUGUUAAUGGCGAUCACAGCUGAGAAACAUGACCGCUGCAGCCAGGAACAGUACUGGGAGGAGAAGGGUGCUAAACGGCUUUACUACGCUUUGUUUGUCUCGCGAGAUUUAUUUAUUUACGCAUCCAAAUAACGGGAGGUGAACCGCCUACUUUCCAAUUGGCAUAAUAACUUAGAUUACGGUUAUUGUUCAGUGUGUAAACCUGGCAGUGUGGCUAAAGUUCAAAUUCCUCCCACUCGGUCUAUCAGUUAUACUCGUGGUUUCUUUUAGUCGCCUGAAACUCCGGUGCUGAGAAUGGUUACUCAGAAGUAAAAAGUUCAGCAGCUCUUUCAUUUGUGGAUUAGAUCGGCGGGACGUCCCUUCCCUUCAACAACUACUAAACUGAAUUCCCCAUCCGCUGAGACGCAGGAGUGGACGCUCAUUGGGUAGGCGUUUUCUCCCCGGGAAAGUGUUUUGUUUGUUCUCUGCGCACUCGGCGCACUGACUGCUUCAACUCCAAGGACGUGAACUGAAGAUGGCCUUUCAUUCGAGCUUGUCCGACAGAGGAGAAACGGCCAACUCUUUACCAAUGACUGAGAGGGGUCGUUUGGAUACAGCUGACAGCUACGCGUGCUCUACCACUGAGCUCAGUAAAGCCGUGUCAGUGUCUCUGGGUUUGGAUUCAAUGUCGUCUCCUAUCGUUAACACGAACCAGUGCCCCAGCAGCGCCUUUGCGGACUGCGAACCCACUUGUGGCGAAAAUAGUUCCAAAGGAAUGCUGGAGUUGGGAACGCCUGGAAAUCUGAACUCGGAAGGAAGCAGAUUUAUUCUGUCUGACAACAACGCAAGAGAGGACGACUUUGGAGAAGUGUGUCAUGGCAUAGGGCAGGUGAGCUGCAUGGAUCCGUUUAGUUCGGGCGAAAUGGACAGCGCGCAAUCGGCAACGCGGGGCUCGGUAAUAUCCAGAUAUGUUUGCAAGGAAUCAAACGUGUUUAUAAGCCCGCUUGCAGAGCUUCCCUCGUCCUCUCAGGUAACCGAUGUUUUACCUUUAAAACCCUACUCUGCUUACGCCGGUUCAAGCUUGUACAGAGAUACCCAAAGUGUGUGGUGCGCAACCGAGCGCGCAUGCAGCAACCGAUCUGAGCCACACAGAGGCGGAUCCGAUGGACACAAUUUCUUAUGUAAGUACUGCAAUUGUGGGCAAGGUUUACGCGGAUCCAGGCAGGAAUGCAACUGUUUGUGGUACAGCAGAGGUGAGCGGGUUGGCAAAGGUGGCAUGCAAGCAGUGGCGGCACAGGCGUACGGCCAAGUGGAAAGUUACCCAGACGCAAUUCGUCAAGGGCAAACCACUUUUUCCACUAUCAAGAGCGAACCUUCAGCUUGGGUUGACUACACCGAUCGCACUUUCAGGCAUGAGGAUUUUUUUCCAGGCGUGUACCUAUCAGACAGGAGAGUGUGUCAGGUGUGUGGCGAUGAUGCAUCUGGUUGUCACUAUGGAGCAGUCACCUGCGGCAGCUGCAAAGUGUUCUUCAAGAGAGCCGCUGCAGGUAAGCAGAACCACCUGUGUGCCAGCCGGAACGACUGCACCAUUGACAAGCUGAGAAGGAAAAACUGCGCCUCGUGUCGCCUAAAGAGGUGCUUCAUGUCGGGAAUGAGCCUGAAAGGUCGCCGGCUGAAGGGAGCUGGACAGACAAGAAACGGAGAGGAGGAGAAACCGCCUGCCGCCUGGGGGCAUAGAGAAAUCGAAGAGAGGGCAGGGAAGAAAGAUGUCUUGGAGCCUGGAAAUGCAGCAGCCAGGGCUCAAGUACUGCUUCAAGGCAUCCCGCAAACUCUGCGCUCGUGCCUGUCCCUGCUCAGCAUCCUGCAAUCCAUCGAGCCCGCCGUGGUCAAUGCCGGACAUGACCCUGCCCAGCCAGACAGCCCUGCGUCCUUGCUGACCAGCCUCAACGAGCUGGGCGAAAGACAGCUGGUAACCGUGGUGCGCUGGGCCAAGGCAAUACCAGGGUUUCGCGACCUGCACGUGGACGAUCAGAUGUCUUUGAUUCAGCUGUCGUGGAUGGGGGUGAUGGUGUUCGCUUUGGGCUGGAGGUCCUACAAUUUGACAAACUGCUCCAUGCUCUACUUUGCCCCGGACCUGGUUUUCAAUGACCAGCGGAUGCAAGUGUCCAGUAUGUAUGAACACUGUGUGAGGAUGAAGCUGCUUGCCCAAAGGUUCUGCAAGCUGGAGGUUACCGAGGAAGAGUUCCUCUGCAUGAAAGCCCUCGUCCUCUUCAGCAUCAUGCCAGUAGAGGGCCUGAAGAACCAGCGAUGUUUUGAUGAGCUGCGGACCUCCUACAUCAAGGAGCUGGAUCGCCUGGCCAGCCACCGCGGAGAGACCACCCGGACACAGAGGCUGUUUCAGCUCACGCAGCUGCUGGACUACCUCCAGUCGGUUGUGAGAAAGCUGCACCAGUUCACCUACGAUCUGUUCAUCCAAGCUCAGUCCCUGCAGAUGCGUGUCAGCUUUCCAGAGAUGAUCUCAGAGAUUGUCAGCGUUCAUGUGCCCAAGAUCCUGUCAGGCAUGGUCAAGCCAAUCCUUUUCCACAAUACAGCCUAGACAUCGAGAGGCUCCCUGAUAGUCCUUGUGCAUCACAAACUCCAUUGUCCAGAACUUUGACCAUUUACAGCAAAAACAUAAAUGUCAAAAGAGGCUUUAUGGCUUUAUGAGUGGUUGAGUGGACACUAAGAAAGGGAAGGACAGCACACUCGUCCUGUGUAAUGUUAUAUAGUCCGAUCCACUCUGCCCUUCUUGCUUCCUUGUCCAUCCUAUCACACACAUCAGAUGUUUAUGGAGCUGAUUAAACCACUUGCAUGCAUUCAUCCACACAAGCCAUUAAAACCUGGCAUGUAGACUUCUUCAGCUUUAAAUAGGGCUGGGUAUCACCACUAAUUUCCUGAUUCGAUUCAAUUUCAAGUUAAUCUUAUUCGAUUCUAUAUCAAUUCAUUUACAGAUAUUUAUGUAACACCAUUUUCACCAAAAGCCAUUUAUCCUCCUUAUUUAAGAAUUUGGUAAUAGUUUUCCACCCUUGCAGAAUUUUUUUCAUUGGGUGUUCAGAAACAAAGCUAUUUUAAAAAUACGAAUUUGGUAUUAUCACUGUGAGAGAAGCUAAUUUUGGACAGAAGUGACACCGGCAACCUCUCAGUUGUGUAUAACAUCUCGCCGAGCAUUUGAAAGUCACAUGAGGUCAGGAUCACUACUGUCACCAGAAAAGGAAACGUAUAAAAGAACCAAAAGAAAAAAAAAACUUUGAGUUUUAUGAAUCAAUAUUGGAUUAUUUAAAUUUGAAUCGAUUAAAAUUGAUUGAGUUUUUUUUUUAACCCAGCUCUAGCAUUUCAUACCAACUACCAUCAGCCAAGAGAGAAAUAAGACAUCAGUCAGAAAACACGUUUGCUGAGUUCAUAUCCCCUAAGCUUUCUGUGUGCAUGUAUGAUGACAUUUGAACUAGCUUUCCCACAAUGAAUGUUAUUGUG